AUGGCUGGUGAUAUUCUGAUUCGGCGAUGGCGAGAGUCAAACUCAGAUGAUGCACAAUGUGAUCAAAACAUAUUUGACGAAGCAUUAUUGGAAUUGAACAAGGUAGUGCAAUUACUUUCGGGUAAAUCGAUCAAGGAUUUUGGGCUGCCGAUGCCACCUAAUACUACUAACUCAGAUUUAACUAACAGUGCCGAAUACACAAGAGAAACAUCGUAUGAUCAAACGAGACUUUUACAAAAUAUAGCUCAAGAUGAGCCACGAUUAAACAUCGAUGAGAAAAAAGUAUUCACUGCAUUACUAUCAACAAUUGAUAACAAUGAAGGGAAUUUGUUUUUCCUUGAUGAGUCAGGAGAUACAGGAAAAACAUUUUUCAUCAAUCUGCUUUUAAAAAAAGUGAGAUCUAUCGGAAAAUUUGCGUUAGCUGUUGCGUCAUCCGACAUUGCCGCUACGCUUUUGGAAGGAGUCUGGGACGAAGCUUCCAUGUCAAACAAGACGUCUGUGAAAGUACUGGAUAGGACAAUGCGCGAUUUGCGCAACAAAUACUCACCUUUGGGUGGAUGUACAAUUCUGUUCUCAGGAGAUUUCCGUCAAAUCUUACCAGUUGUGACUCGAGGAACACGUGCUGACGAAAUAAAUGCUCGCCUAAAAAGAUCCAACCUUUGGCCACAUGCCAAUAAAUUAGAGCUUAAAACUAAUGUGAGGGUUUCGUCAUCUUCACGUGAGAACAGGCUUUUUCCAAAGAUGCUGCUAAAAGUUGGCACUGGAGAGUUAACACAAAGUGAGGGAAGGAUUGACUUAGAAAACCUUUGCGUUUUGGUAGAGUUAGUCAACAAUGUCUAUCCUGACAUUGAUAACAUAAGUUAUAAGACAAAAUCUUGGUUUAAAGAAAGAUCGAUUCUGUCGCCAACUAACGAACAAGAAGAUAAAGUAAAUAACUUGAUUCUUUUAAAGAUUGAUGCGCCGACGAAAAUAUACUACUCGGUCAAAACUGUUCUCGAUUUGGAAGAAGCUGUUCAUUUUCCUACAGAAUUUCUGAACUCUUUGAACCCGCCUGGACUCCCUCCUCACAAAAUGGUGUUGAAAGAUGUGGUAACGGAGAAGAUGUAUUGA